AUGGUAUCCAUUCUGGCCGGAGCCAUACCCUGGCAUGAUGGAGAGGACAAGAUGCAUCGGUUACUCCGGGUACCUGAGCAAGAUAACCCGACUGCACCAUACCUGACUGUAGGUGCCCAGGCGUUGGUGCAGAGCUGCCCUCUUGUUGCAGUAGGGACGGUGGACUCAGAAGGGCGACCGUGGUCGUCUUUAUGGGGCGGCCAAGCAGGCUUCGCAGGCCCAGUUGCCCAGUCAAUGAUUGGACUUCGGGCACAGGUUGACGGCAAAUACGACCCGGUGGUACAAGCGCUUCUUGGCCAUCCUCACGUCAAGGAAGCAGACGAACUCUUCUCAAGGAAUACCGGAAACAUGGUAUCGGCGCUAGCGAUUGAUCUGGAGAGCCGUCGUCGAGUGAAGCUAUUCGGGCGGAUGGUCGGCGGAUCACUGGAUGGUGGCGACAUGGGAGAAGCACAGCUCGUUGUCAAGAUCGAGGAGAGCAUGGGAAACUGCCCCAAAUACCUGAACAGAAAGCACAUUGUACCGGAGCGGCCAUCACCCAAGCUGAUAUCAGAAUCAGCCCAGCUUCACCCCGCAGCCCUUGACUUGCUAUCUCGUGCGGACACCAUAUUUGUGUCCUCUUCACAUGGAACAGCCAGUAUGGACACGAAUAUUCGCGGCGGGCCACCAGGAUUUGUCCGGGUUGAAGCCAAUGAAGCCAAUGGUGCAGUUCUUGUAUAUCCUGAGUACUCCGGGAACCGGCUCUACCAGACACUGGGAAACCUGCAGACUACGCCUUUAGCUGGCUACGUUAUCCCAGACUUUGAGACCGGUGACGUCCUAUACAUCACUGGCCACGCAGAAGUGCUUGUCGGCAGAGAGGCAGCGGCCGUUUUGCCUCGCUCGAACCUCGCCAUUCGAGUUAUAGUCGCCCAGGCGAUCUUUGUUAAGAAUGGGCUGGCAUUUAGGGGUCAACCCGGCGAGCCCUCACCAUAUAACCCAGUCGUGCGGUAUCUCACGUCAGAGAAGAACGUCCCUGGCACAGCACCAGAGCCCAAUAACGCGAGCACGAUGGUCCGAUUGAUGGACAAAGAAUAUAUCACCCCGAGCAUCAUCCGAUUCCGAUUUCGGAGCACCAGCUCGAACCCAGUUUCAUGGGCUCCGGGCCAAUAUGCCACCCUCUCCUUCCAAGACGAGCUUGAUAUGGGGUACAGUCACAUGCGAGACGACGAUCCUACAAGCCUUAAUGAUGACUUUAUCCGGACCUUCACAGUGUCUUCCUAUCCUGGUCGGAACAUGCCAGUUAACGAAUUCGAACUGAUGGUCCGCCGGCACGGUAAUGUCACCAACCACCUUUUUCGAAUAAGCGAGCGGGCCGGGCUGGAAGUGCCCCUGAAGGGUUUCGGGGGCAGCUUUCGAUUGCCAACCGAUGGCAAAGCCAUUGUGCCUUAUAUUGCGGGCGGAAUCGGCAUUACACCGUUGCUAGGCCAAUUAGCGGACCUGGAGAUUGCUCGACUCAGGCUCUUCUGGUCUGUCUCGAUACGGGAUAUCGGGUUGGUCCAGGAUACCUUCCAGCGCUGGCCAGAGCUGCCUGUGUCCACGACUCUAUUUCUCACCGGUCCUGCUUUGGCCGCAGCAGAUCCCAAUCAAACUAUAUGGAGCACCGUACAGUCAUCUGGGGCUCGAGUUGAGCAACGCCGCAUGCAGGCAGGGGACCUUGAUUUGAAAUUAGCAGACACUUGGUACCUGUGUUCUGGGGUGGAGUUAAAGCGCAAUGUUCUGAAUUGGUUGGUGGGAAAGGUGGUUGUUUAUGAGGAUUUCAACUAUUAG